AUGAUCAAUGUUUGCACGCGUCUUCGGCGCGCCAUCGUCCGCAAUGACCUCCGUCUUGUACAGCGGAUAGUUCGCAGCAACCCCAAUGUGUUGCAGAAUCCCGACUAUGGUGACAAGAGUAACACCUCAUUGCAUCUGGCAUGUAAACAAGGCUUCAUUGAGAUAGCUGAAUUCCUCGUUGAAGCCGGCCAUGACGACGAAACGAUAUCCUAUAAUGGCGACGGAAACACCCCUUUGAUGACGGCAGCUGAGGCCGGCCAUGUCGACAUUGCGCAAAUGCUCAUCGAAACCUUCCCAAGAUGCGUACCGUGGGCGAAUAGUAAACAACAGGAUGCACUCAUGCUCGCCUGCAAAAGCGGCGCUCUUCCCCUGCUCCCGAUCCUCCUUGCCGCCGACCAUCCAGCCGACCUUGCCCAGGCCGACGCAGACGGAAACACCGCACUCCACCACGCCUCCGCCGCCGGCGAGCUGAAGGCGAUCCGAUUACUCCUCCAACACGGCGCCUCCCCGCUCGCGCAGAACCGGAAUCGAUGGACCCCGAUCCAGUACUCCGCCACCGCGGCAGCGGAGCUGUAUUUCAAGAACCUCGUCGCGGAGUUCGAGAAGAGGAGGGUGGAAGGGAUGAAGGAAGCGAGGGAGUGGGAGCGGGAGCGGGAUAGGCAGAGGAUGGGGGGCGUGAGGUUGGUGACCAGCGAAGAAGCGGGUGUGGUGCCGAGUACUGGGCAUUGGGAUUGGAGUCCGGUGGAGGCGCGAAGGGCAAUGACUCCGACCACAGGGAGAAGUGAGCCAUUCGUGUUUCCUUCGCCGCCUCCGGCGGGACCGAGAGCGCGAGCAAGAAGUGGUGAUUGA